AUGAGCCAUCCUAAUUUGGGAUUAUUGUUUAUUAUUUACCCUUCUUCGGUGUUGCUGAAAUACAAUACAAGUGAAAAGAGGACUUGCGAAGACGAUGCCUUAAUGUUUAAAAUAAAGACUUUGCUUAGAUGGUUUCUGUUAACCGCUUUGCUAUUUUUUCCAUUUAUGCUUUACGUUCCAUUUUAUUUCGAUGAUGGAGACUCGAAAAAACCAGGAAACGCGGCGAUUGAAGGUUGGGGUGUGGAUACAAGUCGUUCCGUUUCUCAUUAUGUUACCCCCGAUAACGACACAUCUCUCAUAGUCAGCAAUGAAUUAUGUUCGGAACCUUUGCUAUUACUCGUUAUCAUUUGCUCAGCUGUUAACAACACAUUAGAAAGGAUGACAAUAAGAAAAACUUGGGGAAAUUGUUCUAAUCCUUCGUAUAGUUUAGUCUUUCUCCUAGGUACGACGGAAAAUUCAACUUUACAGGAAAACGUGGAAGAAGAAUCUAAUUUGCACAAUGACAUCAUACAAGAAAAUUUCCUCGAUUCGUACAAUAAUUUAACAUUGAAAUCCGUCAUGAUGUUGAAAUUUGUUAAAAAUCGUUGCAAAAACGUCCGAUAUAUAUUCAAAUGCGACGACGACAUGUUUGUUUAUUUGCCCAAUUUACUCGCUUUGAUAAAAGUCUUGGAUGAGAAAAACGUUAAAAAUGUUCUCAUUGGAAAAUUAAUAUGCGGAGCGAAACCGAUUUUAGAAGUGAGGAGCAAAUGGUAUGCUCCGAGGUAUUUGUUUUCGGAAAAAGUUUAUCCAAAUUAUUUGUCAGGUACGGGUUAUUUAAUGGAUCGUCACACGGCUCUCGAUUUAUACGAGGCAGCUUUGGAAAUCCCAUAUUUACACUUGGAAGAUGUUUUCAUAACCGGCUUGUGCGCGAGAAAAGCGAAAAUAAAACCCCGUCAUCAUUCGGGUUUCACAUACUUAACGAGACCCUUGGAUCCUUGUUUGUACAUAAAGAAUGAAAACGUCAUAACUAGUCACAGAGUAACAACGUCGAACAUGACGCAACUUUGGACGGCAUUGAACAACGGCACAAAAUGUUUCAACGGUCAAAAUACUCAUCCGCUACCAAUUAAAUUAGAAUUUUUAAAACCUUCUUCUUCUGUCGGUAAGAAAAAUAGAUGCUCAUAA